UGUAAACGAUUAUAUUCAAUUUCGAUAAACGGUUUUGAUUUCAAAUUCACAUCCUCAACUCGGUGGGGACUGGGGAGUGGCUCCCUCUCUUCCCAAGCUAUAUUUUCGUCUUUGAUUGGUAUUUGGGAUGGUCAUUAACUCCCAUGUCUUUUAUUCAUGGUCCAAAAUACUCUUUUCCAAUUCAAUCAGUGGUUAAUGGAUGAAAAGAUUCUCUCAUCAUCAUGAGUGAAGAGAUAUUGGGUCCAAAAAGUACAGUGAAAUCCAAAUUCCAACCAUGUAUUGUAGACCAAUGAAGGUCCAUAAUACACAUACACCUUGUAGGGUAGCCAUUCUUUUUCUACUCAAGAGAGAGAGAGAGAGAGAGAGAGAGAGAGAAUAGCCAUUCUUUGACUUGAGCCAAUAGCCAUCAACUCUUGACCAAGUCAAUGACCCUUGUUUCUUAGUUCCUAAGACCCCAGAUGCUAGAUGCCUUGCGUUUUGCAAGAAUACAACAGCUGUAGAAACAAAGAAUUGAAGCGGAUGCUUUCCCUUUCCCUCUCAAUGUCAACAUGAGAAAUAAAACCAAAUAAAGGCAAAGAAGCCAAUCCACAAAUUACCAAACCAAAGCCAACUCUUUCCUCUCUCUCUCUCUCUCUCUCUCUCACACACACACAAACAGAAUCAGAUUCUCCACAAAUCUACAUUAAAUAAAGAGAAAACCCACCUCAUUAAGAAGCCCAUGUCCAUUUCAUUCUGAAAGGCAAAACUCCUUUUCCACAAACUUUUCAAUCACUGAACCAAUCAUGUCAGGAAAGAUCUGCAUGGUGAUGAAGAUCAACAUUGACUGCAAUUGUUGUUACAGAAAACUAUGGAGAAUCCUUCUCAAUAUGAAAGAGUUGGAGACCCAUUUGAUUGAGAAGAAGCAGAGCAGGGUAAGCAUAUGUGGAAAAUUCAUUCCACAAGAUAUGGCUAUAAAGAUAAGGAAGAAGAUGAACCGCAGAGUUGAAAUAUUGGAACUAAGAGAGUUGAUGAUGGUCACUACUUCAACCUAAUAGCAUUGAUCUUCUCUGACGGGUUGGUGUUAUUAAUAACCCAAACAAGACUUGAAGCUUCAAAGCCUGAAACUAAAGUUGCAUAUAUGUGUAGAACAGGUUGGAAACUGAGAAUGAGAAAGAGAGAAAAAGAAAGAAAUCAAAAUUACUAAGAGAGUUAGCUUUCCUCUUCUUCAAAGCCUGAAACUAAAGUUGCAUAUAUGUGUAGAACAGGUUGGAAACUGAGAAUGAGAAAGAGAGAAAAAGAAAGAAAUCAAAAUUACUAAGAGAGUUAGCUUUCCUCUUCUUCAAAGCCUGAAACUAAAGUUGCAUAUAUGUGUAGAACAGGUUGGAAACUGAGAAUGAGAAAGAGAGAAAAAGAAAGAAAUCAAAAUUACUAAGAGAGUUAGCUUUCCUCUUCUCAUGAAUGUUUAAAUUGUAGUAUCAUGUUUUAAUAUUUAGAUAACUUGAAAAUUCAUGGAAGAUAUUGCUUCUUCAAGUGCAGGUCAAAUUUAGAUGGUCUGUUCUGUAAUUAUAUACCAAUUCACUGGUUUAAUGCAAUCAAAUAUGGGUACCUGAUCACUAA